AUGCUUUUCUCCGCUGGAAAGCUUCUUUUUCUUUUGGGAGCUUCUGCAGCUCCCGCCUUCGCAUUCCCUCAUGCUCAGUUGGACAAGCGUGCUGAUGCCCCAAGCUGCACGGUGACCGAGACUUACCAUGCUGCUCAAACUGUCACUCUGACGGAGACGGUCUACGACCAGUGCGAAGCUCCUGGUGCUAGUUUCACUUCUACCGCUACUGCUCAAACCCAACCCACUUCCGCUGCCUCUAACGAUCAUGCAUUCACGACGGUUACCAAGACUGUGACCAACGUUGUCGGUGGCAAGACGAGCUACAGCGCCGUCACUUUCACUCUUCCUGCUACUACGUUCGUCUCGUCCGUCCCUGCAGAGACUGUUACUGAGUCGGUCUCCGAGUCCGUGACCACUGUCACUAUUCCUGCCUCCUCCACUACUGUCACCGAGGUUUGCCCUACAUGCUCGGUCUUCACCGUCACCGAGACUGUUACUGAGGGCGACAGCACGAGCGUCAUCACUGAGACGCUCACUCGUCCUUUGACCACCUACACAACGACUUACCCCGUCGAGACCGUUACUCUCACCAUCUCCGGUACAGUCACCGUUGUCACAAAGGCUCCUUCUGUCAGCACAGUGACCACUCCAGUCUGCCCUACUUGCACGGAGGGCAUCUCUACCGUCACUGUUGUUGAGGGCGGCAGCACCGAGGUUGUUACCUUGACCGAAACAAUUCCUUACACUACCUACACGACUACUCUCGCUCCCUCUACCGUUGUCGAGACUGUCUCUGGCUCCGUUAUCACCGUUACCAAGACUGGUAUCGUGACCGUCGUUGUCACAACCGGCAAGCCUUCUACCGAGACAAUUACCAUUCCCGUUAGUAGUAGCACUCAAACCGGUACCACCGUUACCUCUGGAUUCUUCUUCCCCAACAGCACUGUCACUAGCUCUGCUGGCUCCGUGCCUGUGAACGGUAAUUCUACCGUCACCAGCACUGUUGCCCGCUCUGCUAGCACUGUCCCCGUGAACGGUAACUCUACUGCCAUUGCUUCCACUGUCGUUAGCAGUGUCCCCGUGAAUGGCACUACCGUCACUAGCUCUGUUCGUGCUACCGGCGUUUCUGUGAGCAGCAUCCCUGCCUCGAGCGCCGCUGUCAACAGCACUGCUCCCGCCACUUCUGUCUCGGGCUCUGUCGCUUCCAGCGCCUAUGCCAACAGCACUCUCCCCGUGACUUCCGCCAAGGCUACCAGUGUCCCUGCUUCCAGUGCUCCUGCCAACAGCUCUGUCGCUGUUACUAGCGCUGCCACUAGUGCCCCCGUCUCCAGCGUUCUCGCCAACAGCACCGCCCCUGUGAGCUCCGCUACCAGUGCCCCUGUUUCCACUGCUUACGUGAACGGCACUGUCCCAGUUACCUCUGCUUCCGCUAGUGCUCCCGUCAGCAGCGUUGCUUCCAACAGCUCUGUCGCCGUUACGAGUGCUCUCGUUUCCAGCGCCCACGCUAACAGCUCCGCUUCUUUGAGUUCUAUCCCUGUAAGCACCGCUGUCUCUAGCGUGUACGUCAACAGAACUGUUCCCGUCACCUCCGCCACGAGCGCACCCGCUAGCAGCAUUGCCGCCAACAGCUCUGUCAUCGCGUCCAGUGUCCCUGUCUCUAGUGCCGCUGCUAACAGCUCUGUUUCUGUGAGCUCCUCUGUGAGUGCUCCUGCUAGCUCCGUCUCCAGUGUCUAUGUCAACAGAACUGUUCCAGUGACCUCAGUCGCUCCUAGCGCUUCUGUUAGCAGUGCUUCCGUUUCAAGCGUUGCUGCCAACAGCUCUGUCCCCGUUAGCUCCUCUGUGAGUGCUCCUACUAGCUCUGCCUCCAGUGUCUACGUCAACAGAACUGUUCCAGUGACCUCUGUCAGCGUUCCUGUCUCCAGCGCUGCUGCCAACAGCUCCGUUCCCGUCAGUUCCGUCGCUUCUGCUAGCGUCUCCGUGAGCAGUGUUGCAGCCAACAGCUCUGUCUCUGUCAGUUCUGUCAUUCCCACUAGCGCACCCCUCUCCAGCGCCGUUGCCAACAGCUCCGUUCCUGUGAGCUCCGCUGUUAGCUCUGCCGUCUCCACUAGUGCCCCUGUUUCCAGCGUUGCUGCUAACAGCUCCGUUCCAGUGAGCUCCGCCAUCUCCACUGGUGCUCCUUCCUCUGCAUCUGUGAGCUCUGUCGUCCCCACCAGCGUUCCUGUCUCCAGCGCCGCCGCUAACAGCUCUGUUUCUGUGAGCUCUGCCUCUAGUGCUCCCGUCAGCUCCGCUGUUUCUAGCUCCUCCGUUAGCUCUGUCGUCUUCACUAGUGCUCCUGUCUCCAGCUCCUCCGCCAACAGCUCUGUUCCUGUUAGCUCCGCUUCUGUUGCACCCGUGAGUUCUGUCUCCUCUAGCGUUUCCCUGAGCAGCGCUCCCGUCUCUAGCGCCUCUGUUAGCUCCGUCUCUGAGAGCUCUGCCGCUAUUACUAGUGCUCCCGCCUCUUCGGUCUCGUCUUCCUCGGUUGUUAUCCCCACUAGCUACACGAAUGGAACAUCCUCUGCGGCUGGUGAAGGUGAGAAUGUAAGCGGCAAAUUGUCAGCUCCUGCUCACAAGCGUGCUGCUCCUUCUCCCAGAAACAUUGUUCUUUAA